GCAGAAAGACAGGCCGUUGGACUACUACUCCACAAACUACAAACAGGUUUUCUUGCCCUUGACGCUCUUUCUUCUUUCUUCGGUAGCUUUCAUGAAUUCGACACCAUCAUCUUCAUCUUCCGUGAACGGCUGUACCCCUUCUAGCAAUGGUGUAUCACACAUGUCUGCAUCUACACCUUCCGAACAUUCCUACGUCAGCCAUGGCGAGAACCACAACUCAUCUGGCUCUUUCCCUGUCCCGAAUGGUUACUCGCAAAUGCCUUAUCAGCCGCACAACGAGGAAAUAGUGCAUCACCUGUACCAUGCCGGCUUUCAAACUGGUAAUUACGCAGACACCAUCUUGCAUGUUCACCAAAAUGCAUAUCGAUUGCACGCCAUCAUUCUUUCACGUUCGCCUUUCCUCGCACACCUGAUGUCUACAUCGCCUCAGUCGGGAGGUCAACGUACACUUUUUGUACAGCUAGAUCAUGAACCGGAAGUUACGCGCGAGGGCUUUGCUAUAGCGCUGGGCUACCUUUACUCGUCUGUCUCAUUAAGUUUGAUACGACCUGAAAAUGCACGCGGAGUGCUUGCGGCAGGCUGCCUCCUUGGCGGCAUGGAUGACCUUUGCGGCUAUUCCUAUGAAACCUGCAGGCAGUCCUUUAGCGUCGACACUAUCACAGAAUGGCUGGAGUUUGUGCAUAGUAUUCCUGUACCGGAUAAUUCAGGUAACCCUGAUAUGGCAGUAGCAUCUGUCUUUGGGCAGUACGCCCAAAGGUUGCGAGACGAUGUAUUUCAUUUCCUUAUAGUGACUCUUCCCAGCAUUCUGGAAGUACAUUCUUCCAUGACACCCGAAAGCAGUCCAUCAGAGGGACAUGGUGGUCGUGAUACCUUAUUGCGUGUAUUUUCCCUCGUGCCAUUCGAGAUGUUCAAAGCCGCAGUGGAAUCACCCACCUUCCAAAUUGGGUCGGAUCAAGCACGAUUCAAAUUUGCUAAAGAUGCCAUUGAGCUGAGAAAGCGGGGAAUUGCGAGGGGGCAUGGGGCAGAAGAGACGGUUGUGCUUGCGUUUGGAGGAGGACAAAUGGGUGGAAGCGCUGUGCACGUUACGCGAAAAAUGCGUAAACGGCCUUUAUGGAAAGUUAACUCCUGAAUCGCGUUUCUUCGAUAGGCAUGUUACGUGACAAUUCUUGGUUCAAAUUUAGUUGCUCUGUUGUUCUG